UACGGUAACGAAAACAGGUGUCAUGCUAUUAUUGGCACCUACUACGUGUAACCAGUACAAUAACAUCUUAUACAAGAAGCUAUAACUCCGAAUGAAAAACAGCGGAGGAGCAGCUGGUGAUAAUUCUCUUUGAAGAAACGAAACGAAACGAAACGAAAAUGGCUGAGAUGGGGAACGAACCUAGGGCGCAACCACCAGCGAUGGAGUCGCUCAUUGUGCACGAUGUUGAGGAGAUCGAUCUAUCGUACUGGGAAUUAAUCACUCUCGCCGAUGCGCGCUCAGAUUCGGACCUUGACGACGUCAUUUCGUGGGAGUCCGAGUAUGACAUCAACUCGCCACGGAAACUGUCCGACAAUGAAAACCAAGAUUGUGAUCAUCAUAACCCCCCUGAUCUUGACGAGAAAUUGGACGGUGAUGGGCGUGACAGCGUUGGAGAGAUUGUGCCGGCUGUGGCGAUCCACAAAUCUAUUUAUGAUGAUGAAGAUGAGGAGGUGGACGACUAUGAUGAAGACUACGGCUUGGAUGAUGAGCUGGUGCCAUGGCAGGUGAGUGGGAAAUUGGGGAGGCAGAGGAUGAGGAAGAUUGGGAAGAGGGUGUUCGCGAGAAUGAUCAAUUCAAAGCGAUAUCCGCAUAGCUAUGUCAAGCCCGGGUGCGUUUAUGGUAAGCAUGGGCUGGGACUGAAGCACAGGUGCUGAUCAUGAUGGUCGACCGCAAGGUUCGAUUCUAAAUUGGGGAACCAUAAAGGUCUGGUCUUGAUUGUGCAUAUGGUGGGAUCUUGAUUAUGUUUAGGGAGUAAUUAAUCUGUUCAGUUAAUUAGUAGUGUAGUUUGAUUGUGAUUGGGGUGGGUGGAUGGUUGGCUGACUGACUGAUUAGGCUACGGCAGUUGAAUUUGCUUUCAUGGAAUGUUAUUUUAUUGCAUCUCAAUUUCUAUAAAUAUAAUCUAUUUGAUGGCGCCUUUAUUUU